AUGUAUACGCCUGAGAGCCCGGCUGAUGCCACCAGGAAUCUCUCUCAACAAUGCCUAAAUGCCCUUGCAAAGGUUCUCCCUGGUCUUCUUGGUGGUAGCGCUGAUCUUGCUUCCUCCAACCUGACCCUGCUCAAAAUGUUUGGCAACUUCCAAAAGGACACACCAAAAGAACGUAAUGUCAGGUUUGGUGUCCGUGAACAUGGUAUGGGAGCCAUCUGCAAUGGGAUUGCCCUCCACAGCCCUGGCCUCAUUCCCUACUGUGCUACUUUCUUUGUAUUCACUGACUACAUGAGAGCAGCCAUUAGGAUUUCUGCCUUAUCUGAAGCUGGAGUUAUAUAUGUUAUGACUCACGAUUCAAUUGGGCUAGGAGAAGAUGGACCGACCCACCAGCCUAUUGAGCACUUGGCGAGCUUCAGAGCAAUGCCUAAUAUUUUGAUGCUCCGUCCGGCUGAUGGCAAUGAAACAGCUGGUGCCUACAAGGUUGCAGUCCUUAACAGGAAGAGACCAUCAAUCCUUGCCCUCUCUAGGCAAAAGCUGGCCCAACUUCCUGGAACUUCCAUUGAAGGAGUUGAAAAGGGAGGCUACAUUAUAUCAGACAACUCUUCAGGUAACAAGCCAGAUGUCAUCUUGAUUGGGACGGGGUCAGAAUUGGAAAUUGCAGCCAAAGCUGCUGAUGAGCUUAGAAAGGAAGGCAAGGCUGUUAGAGUUGUCUCCUUUGUUUCUUGGGAGCUUUUUGAUGAGCAAUCAGAUGAUUAUAAGGAAAGUGUCCUGCCAGUGGCUGUAUCAGCUAGAGUCAGCAUUGAAGCUGGAUCGACAUUUGGGUGGGAGAAGCUUGUUGGACCCAAAGGGAAGGCUAUUGGAAUUGAUCGGUUUGGGGCAAGUGCACCCGCAGGAAAAAUAUACAAGGAGUUUGGCAUUACAGCAGAGGCUGCUGUAGCAGCAGCUAAAGAAGUUUGCUAG